AUUAACUUCCGGGGUACCGCUGUGUGUCAGACUUUGGUCAGACCUACGCUGACGUACGAGUAAUACUAGUUUCUUUUCCUCCAGAUUCUGCAUAAAACUGGUUUGUCGUCAGAUUAUAUUCAGUAUUUAAAAGCAGUUGACAGAUUUCACAAGUGACUUUUACAAACCACAGAAGAGAUCAUGAAUCUGGAGAGAGUUUCCGACACAGACAAAUUGGAGUUAUGCCGUAAAUAUUAUGUUGGCGGCUUCUUUUUCCUGCCGUUCCUCUGGUUCAUCAACUUCAUUUGGUUCUUCAGAGAAGCCUUCAUCAGACCUCCCUUUGAUGAACAAAAGCAGAUGAAGAAAUAUCUCAUCAAGUCGUGCAUAGGGUCGGUCCUAUGGACGGCAGCCCUUGUGACCUGGAUCACGUUAUUCCAGCUGAAUCGAGCCGGAUGGGGCCCCACGGCCGACGCGAUUUCCUUCAUUAUCCCCAAAGGAAUCCCUUGACCGCUUAAUUAUUUAACUGUUCAACCUUUAGUUACGAGCAGAAUCAACUGUCUAUAGAGGGAAUAUAUAACAUUUGCUUUUGCUGUCAUUUUCAGAAAUGGUUGGGUUUGUGUGUG